AUGGAGGAUACUGUCCCAUUGUUUCACGACCCAAACGACCCCGUCGUGGCCAUCUCCAAAGCUGACCGGAUCCCCAAACAGCUAUCCGAUGCGGAGCGGUGGGAGCAGGCCCUCGACCCACCCCGCGAUGGGCACCUCAUUGCCGGCCUCCCUCCCCAGGCAUGGGCACGCAUCUUCGCCCACCACUUCGCAUCACCCACCCCACAGCACACAGCCCCACUGCGCAUCUGCAACGACCUGUAUCCUCUCGCCGUGGUUGCGCUGUAUGCGCAUCCGCGCGUCGGCUACAGUGGUAUCCGUGGGCUCUACACUGCGCUUUACGAGCCCAUUCCCAGUAUGGGGUUAACUCGCGCGAAUCUUGUGCGCACACUCGAUGUGUGGCCUACAGUCUCGCACACAAGUUCCCACGACAAGCUAUAUGAUCUAGCUGCUGGGGUAGUGACCAGGCAGCAUUCCCUCUCAACUGACACGAAGCUGAACGGGAUCGACUUCGCAGGUGUUCCACAGAGCAGUAACGGGCACGCUGAGCAGUUUCCCGAGCCCCUUCCCGAGCCCCUUCCCGAGCCCCUUCCCGAGCCCCAGGCGGCUGGGCACAUGCAGGCCCAGCCGAUGGCUCGCCGUUCUUCGCCCCCGUUAUCUCGUGCCACGAGUGCUAUAGACGACACCCUCCCGAGUCUCCUCUACCUCCUCUCACUCGACCACCUCGCCAUGCACGACGUAUACGUUCCGGACGCAGUCUCCGCGCGAGUCCUUCUCUCGGCGCUGUCAUCGAACAUUCCCCGCACCGCCCAGAUCGAGCUACGCAUGUGGCCUGCUGAACUCGUCGGGCGCGUGGUUUCGAACAGCCUUCCAAACUCGGCCCACCCCGCCCUCGUUGCCGACGUGAUUGACAAACUCGUGCCCGCCGUCGCUUCGAAUGAUGAACAGGCUCCAUCUCCGCCGGAGGCGAAUUCGCAGUGCCCUAUGAAGCGACCGAGCACUAAGGAGCAGCAGCUCGCCUCGGAGCGACAGCGCGCUUGGCUCGCCGCUGUGAUCACCGGGCAGCGCUUCGACCUUGCACUGUUCGCCGAGUCUGAAGCCCUCUCACGCUCUCAGCAUGCGAUGCUCCUCGAGUGGCUCGUUGGGCUAUAUGCAGGAAAGCAGGGGUUGGAUUGGUCUGACCGCGAUCCGCUGCCGCGCGUGCCCCUCGACCGGACGAGGCUGCUAUCCCUCCAGCAGGCCCUCAAGGAUGCGGGAACAGCACCGGACGACCGCAUGAUUGGUCCAUUCACAGAAGCACAAGCUGCUGCACGCGCAGAGUACGCUGCGUUCGCGAUGGACGCGGCGUCGCGGGCGUCAAAGGUCAAGUUGGACACAUGCCAGCGUGUCGAACAGACACUCGACGAGUUCAUCCAAGCACCACGGGUUACACUGGCGCCCGGCUUGGCGGAUCAGAAUACGGCCGCGUUUGCCCCCAUCACGCAGGACCUCGAGUGGCUAUUAGACAACGGGGAACAUCGCAUCGUGUUCAGCAUUUCGGACGCGCUGCAUACCAUUGUACGGAGAUGUGUUCGGAUGGUCUCAGCCGAGCUCGGCAAGAUUCCGCCUCCAACCAAAACGCUCAUACUCGAGAGGUUCGAUCCCGACCUGCCCAUCUUCGCGGAUGAAGUUCUCUCUCCGGCGCUGGCGAGUGAGUCCAACACCCCACUUGCGUCACGUAGGUCGUCCGGGCGAAGCCUCGACGACUCUGAGUCACACAGUCGCCUCGUGCACGCACCGAACGGUCCUCGCCCUCUCAAGUGGCUCGCAAACUGCUUACCGAUCGUUUCGCACUCCGCCGCCCCGCUUCUCCUCGAUGACGAUAGUGUGGGGGGUGUCGUUUAUGUUCUCCGUGAGCGACUCGCGGGGGUCUUGGGCCUGUGGGCACAAUACGAGCUCCCAAGGGAGGAAGGGAGCUACGCCACCAAUGCCUUGAGGGAGGACAAGAAAGUGUGCUCGCACCUCACUCUCAUCGCUGCAGACCCUCAGGCUGCACAGAUCCUUUGUCCGACAGACCGCAGUCUGUGGCCCCGUAUUGGCAUCGAAAAUAUCACCAUCGAGCUGGCAGCUCGCGUACCACCGCUCGCGGCACUCGGCGACCCGGACGUCUCUGCAAACCCAGAUGGCAAGGGUCUAUUACACCCAUCCACCCAGAACUUUGAGCUACGCGUACGGCCGGAUGAGUGGGCCGACGAGCUGUGGUUUGCGGGUUACCUCCCGCCCCAAGUAGGCAGGGUGCUCAUCGGCAGGGAGGGCAUUGCCGCGGUCGAGACGUGGUGUGAAGAGGACGAGGAGAUGGCUGGAGAGGAAGAACCUGUAGAAGAGGAGGAUGAGGAAGACUACGAGUGGGACUCUGGCGACUCGGACUACAUUGAUAUCGACGAGGACGAGCUUGCACCCGGCUUUGACGGUGCUGCUGGUGAGAACUUUAACUCGGCCGCUGCAGCUGCUCAGGCCGCGCGCAUUGCUGCGCGCGCCCAGGAUUAG